AUGGCGGGUGCGAAGUUGCCGGCCUCAUCUGACUGCCGCGACGGCUGCAGUCAGCAAGGACUUUCAUCUGCCGGCAACUCACAGCUGAAGGCUCUUUCUGCUCGCCUGGACAAGUUCAACACCAAAAGAAAGAUGAACUUGGAGAGGAAAAGAAUCAAUGCCGAGAUUGACAAACAGAUCCGUAAGGAUGCUAGAGAUGCCAAACAUGAGUAUGUUGUACUGCUUGGGUUACCGGAGUCGGGGAAGUCCACAGCUCGAAAGCAGAUGCGAAUCGGACUCGGCGCGGGAUAUUCUGAAGAUGACCGGCGCGGAUUCAUCACUUACGUCUAUCAGCACAUUUUCCUCGUCAUGCAGUGCAUCAUCAGGGCAAUGGACCUCCUCGAGAUCCCGUAUGGGACUCGUGAGUGCAAGGACAAGGCAGAACUUGUGAAAUCGGUGGAUCGCGAGACGGUGACGGCGUUCGAGGAGCCUUAUGUGAGUGUCAUUAAAAUGCUGUGGAAAGACACUGGGAUCCAGGAAUGCUACAACCGAAGUAGGGAAUAUUCCCUGAGUGACUCUACCAAGUACUUCUUGUCAAACAUAGAUAGGAUCGCUUCCCCCUCUUACCUCCCUACUGACCAGGAUAUUGUCAGAGUUAGGGUCACUAUCACAGGGAUCGUGGAAGAAAUUAUUUAUAACUACGAUCAGUUCCUGACUGAUGGGCACUCAGGAGACAGACAGAAUCGGCUGGAGCAAAGCAAAGCCAUGUUCAUGACCGUUACAUCCCUGUGCCACUCUGCACACCUCAUUCUACUUUUGAACAAGAUGGAUCUGUUUACGGAGAAGAUCAUGUACUCAGACCUUGCCGACUAUUUUCCUGAGUAUGAUGGCCCUCGUAAAGACGCCAUUGCCGCCAGGGAAUUCAUCUUACGAAUUCAUGCCGCAGCUGAACCUGUGAUUGAGGCAUAA